GGGGGGGGGUGCGAGAAUGGAGUCACCAUAACCUUGUUUUUUCUAAUCUUAAACAAAAAUGUGAAUGAACUCUGGUGACUUUCUAGGCUGACUGUUUAUCUUCACAAGGCUGGAGUGUUUUUCAUCUGAUGCUAGCUCUCUCUCUCUCUCUCUGUGUGUGUGUGUGUGUGUGUGUGUGUGUGUGUGUCCAGGUCUAAUGGAGUGAGGACAUUUUGGCUCCUCGCUUUUCUCUCACACCUUCAACGGGUCGUUGUUUGGGGGUUGAGACUGUGGGGUUAGGGUCCGAAUCGGGUGAGGAGGGUUGGGCAAGAGCUUGUGUGAGAGCCGGUGAGCUUUAGGACCCGGGGCUCCGCUGUGCAGGCGGCAGCCCCUCCUCCCUCAGAGGGCUGUUUACGCAGAAAUCUGCUCCGACAAAAACAAGGUCCGCGAGAAGAGCAGUGCGACUGGAGCGCGUCCAGCAAGGCUCCUCAGACAGUUUGAACAGGGCUCGUCUCUCUUUAUAUAUCUAUAUCUAUAUAUAUAUUUUUAAAUUGAAUUGAUCGGUCCUUUUCAAUGCGCGCCAUGUUGUCGGUGAGUUCCGCCCGUCAACUGUGCAAAGUGUUUGUGUCCCUGCACGUUGUUCUGAGUCUGGCGGCGGCGGCGAGCAGCGCGUCGAGUGGAAAUAGAAAAGACUGUACUCCGGCCGACGGGGCCGAGUACCGGGGGGCGCAGGGGCGCAGCUCCUCGGGUCGGACCUGUCUGAAGUGGACCAGCUCCUCCAGAGACUACGACGUGACCACGCACCCCGACUCUCAGACAGGUGUUGGAGAUCACAAUUACUGCAGAAACCCAGACUCCGCUCAGAGGCCGUGGUGCUACAUUGCUGGACCGGACGGGACGGUGCAGAGACAGUUCUGCGCAAUUGACAUGUGCAAAGAACUAGCCUCUACUGUGCCAGCGGCGUCCGAACCCCUCGACCCGACAGGAACCAGCCCCUCCAGUCCCUCCAGUCCCCCCAGUCCCUCCCCAGAGACCUUUCAGCCAGCCAAGUCAGGAUCUUCUCAGGGGGAAGUUGCUGCUGUGCAGCCAGUGAUGGGAAUCAGCCAGCGAGUGCACACAGCGUCCAAAAAGAAAAAGGACCAUGGCACGCUCGGCUACGUCAUCGGCAUUCUCAUGAUGGCGGUUAUAAUCCUCCUCGGAGUAGGCAUCACAUUUGGCUACUUCUAUAAGAGGGGUCGGGACUUAAAGAAGCAGCAUGACCAGCGAGUGUAUGAGCGCGAGAUGCAGAGGAUCACCCUGCCCCUGUCGGCCUUCUCCAACCCCACCUGUGAGCUGGUUGAUGAGAACACCAUCGUCAUCACAGCGGAGCAGGAGUCGACCCCGGUCCAGGAGGGUGUGGAGGGCGGUGACCCCCUCAUGGGCCCGCAAGCCGGUACCCCCGGAGCAUGAGCAGGCGUCUAGUCCAGACGGGACUGUGAUAUAUUUUUCUGGACCAAAGCACUCCCAUCUCCCAAUUUCCCCUUUCUGCCUCCCUGAGUUACUUCUGUUUUGUAAAAAAAAAGGGGGGGAAAGGGAGGAGUGUUCGCUCCAAAGACUUAAACUGAAUGCUGUGUCCUUUGUGUUCCCCUCCCUUGGGUUCUAUUCAUCUGAGGCACAAGAAAGACAAGACUGGACACUGUCUUAACAUCUAGGAGCCAUCAAGGUGAAUCUGUUGUUCAUGAAAAGUCUUAAAUAUUCAUAUUUGAAGUGCUUGAUGGCCAAGAAGAUAAGGUUAUGGGCUGCCCCCGUAAAUAACAGUAUGAAUACAGAGUAUAAUAUCUAGUCAAAUGACGUUGAGGAGUUUUGAUAAUGAUGCUUGGUGUGGAGGGGGAAGUAUGUUUCCAAGUGGAGAUGGUGCUCUCCACAGGAGGUGUGGUUACAUGGUGAAUAUAUGGUGUAUUUUCAUUUGUAUUGACCCAUUGGCUGUGUUGAGGGACACGCGUACAAAAAAAAAGGUGUAAAGACUGGUCGUCUUAGACACACUGAUGAUAGUCAUCCUAUCCUGAGACAGGAUGAGGAAUCACGAGGUAAAACAGACCCAGUAAAGAUGAGGGACGGCCUUCACCUUGGAAAUUGCCUUAGCAUGAUACUUCUGAAUGUAUUUCUUAUCUUUUACCAGAUUAUUGUUUUUUCUGUUUGUACUUGAGUGACAGGUCCACGCUGUUACAAAGCCUGACAGCGGUCAUUGGCAGACAUGAUAGAGGACGUUCCCUUUUCGUCCACAGGUUAAGGAGUGACAGGAAAUUCUGAGAGCUCUCAGGAAGCAUGAGAGACAGUAGUUAGUCCUCAGGACGAAAUAGCACUGCCACAACACAGAUAGACAAGAAAAGAUCCGACGAGGAAAAGAAAGCCUCAAAUAUGGUCUUUGCAGAGCAGGACUGUGUGUGUGUUUGAGUGUGUAUGUACAGUAUGUGUGUCCUGAAUAAGCCUGUUGCGUAGAAUUUGCUACGGACAUUUGAGUUAUGCACUUGAUGCUUCAUGGUAGAGACGGGGAUGGAGUAGAACAGAAGAAGUCCAAAGUUUGGUGGCGUUCCUUUCAAAAAAAUGAAUGCAUGAACAUGGUUCCCUGUUGCAUGUUUGUAUAUGAGGGAAACUUUUUGCAUCUUAAAAAGUAGUACAACUCCUUGAAGGAGACAUUUAGAGAACCUGAAAAACCUGCCUGAAAACAGAAAUCAUCUUAUACUGGAGAUGUCGGUUCGUUGAUGCACAUGAUGCACUGUUACUCCCUUGUUUUGUUGCCAGAUCGAUCACUCCCAUCACUCCCGAUGAUCUUGUUUUGUGAAUAUUGCUGGUAUCACAUCACUGGUUGUCUUUGCUGCUCCAUUAUAUCUGUGUCUUCGCUGGCCAUGAUUUAUUUUCUCCUUGUUUUCUUCUCAAUUUCCCAAUGCAGUGUUGGAAUUAAGUGCUUGUAUUUGUAUGGAUGCAGAUUUUCACUGAUGAGACUGAAAUAAAAACAUCAAACACAGACAA